ACUGCUCCAAACUCUGCGCUGAUAGGAUGGCAACGCGGAAGAAUUCCAAAGCAAGCAGUAGGUUGGUGAUCACCUCAGUGGCCCUUCAGGAUCACAUCACCAGGAAUUUUCUUGAACCUGAUUUCUUGCUUUCGGACCCGCUGCUGACAUUCAAAAGCAAAGGACACUCAAAGGAGAGAGCGAUCCGAAGCGAUCUUCCUCUGAGCCUCGGAGAAGAGCGAGAAUAUGUACUUGAUCCCGUGCCGCUGCCUCCGACGUUAGCUCAGAGGAUGGGCUUAGUGGCGUUGCCCCCAGAGAGGCUGAGCGAAGAUGAGUGGACUCUAGUGAAAGCCAGAUCGGUCCAGCAACGGGAAUCCGAGCAGCCUUGCGCAAUAUGCAGGGAGGCCUUCUGCCUUAAACCUCAGGUGUUGCUGUCGUGCUCACACGUCUUCCACAAAGCCUGUCUGCAGGCCUUCGAGAGGUUCUCCGGCCGCAAGUGCUGCCCCAUGUGCCGCCGGGAGCCGUACGAAACACGAGUCAUCCACGACGCCGCGCGCCUCUUCCGAAACCACUGCGCUGUUCGAAUUCAAGCUUUCUGGCGAGGCUACGUGGCCCGGAAGUGGUACGGGAAUAUUCGGAGGACCGUCUGCCCGAAAGACAAGCGGCUCCGGCGCAAAUUCCUCGAAGCCAAGCUGCAGGAGCUGAGCGACGACUUCGUGCGACGCUGUCACACCGACGCCGAAGCUUUUCUCAGCGAUAUCGACCGCUCGCUGUCAUCGAGUCGCCGAGUAUUUCGCCUGCUGGAGAGAAAAAAGCACGUCGCCGAGCCUCGGGAGGACGACUGGCGGCGCAUACAGAGUCAGGUGACCCAGCGGGGGGCCGGCGACUGCCCCAUCUGCCUGACGGCGCUGUGCGACCCGGGAGCGACGCCUGGCUCCUCUGGCUUCAAGCUCCAUCAACGAGGAAGACGCUCGGUGCUCCUGUCCUGCUCCCACCUCUUCCAUCAGGUCUGCCUGGAUGCCUUUGAGGCCUUCGUUGCGGACCGCAGCCCCGCGUGCCCCCUCUGCAGGUCCAGAUACCACAAGAAGCUCAUCUGAAGCAGGUAGAGACCCCUUUUGGAUCAUCGCAGUUAGUAAAAGCAGGAUAGAAUGGAUGUCAUAUCAUUAGCCUUUCCUAACUAAGUGGAACAUACUCAAAAUCAGAAACCUUCCUAGUCAUCAAAAACUUGAUCUAAUAGUAUCGGAGUAUUAGUAUCAGUGAAUUUUACAAGUCUGAGUACAUCCUGAAUUCUAUUAUGUGUCGUCUGGAGCAAUACUGUCUGUGAGUCCGUAUUUUUGUCAAUUGGUACUUGUCCAAUAUCAAACUAUUCCUGAGAAUACAAAUGACAAUCAUGGGGAUAUUCUUCAACUUUUAUUUGCAAACACACAGACAUUAAAAA